AUGAGCUUCGUCUCCGUCGCUGCCACUUGCGACUUUCCCAUCCAAAACCUUCCGUAUGGCAUCUUUACCACGCCAAGCAACAAGCACAAGCGCGUGGGCGUCGCCAUCGGCACCUUUGUGCUCGACUUGACUGUGCUCGAGACGGAAGGCCACUUCGAGGACUUUGACGCUGCGUGUUUCCAUGACUCGUCACUUAACCGGUUCAUGGCUCAAGGAUCGAAAGUCUGGUCCCGUGCACGCGCAACGAUCCAGCGACUGCUGUCAGCUGAUGAACCUACACUUCGUGACAAUGACGCGCUCCGCCAGCGCGCGUUGAUCCCCAUGGACGACGUGGAGAUGCAUUUACCAGCUAAAGUCGGUGACUAUACGGACUUUUACUCGUCCCGUGAGCAUGCGACCAACGUCGGCCAGAUGUUUCGAGGCGCAGACAAUGCGCUGCAGCCCAAUUGGCUCCACUUGCCUGUCGGGUACCAUGGACGUGCGUCAUCAAUCGUCACGUCCGGCACUGAUGUCCGUCGCCCCAGUGGUCAACUGCAGGUGGACGUGAAGGAUCCAUCAAAGGGGUCCAAGCACGGCCCGUGCGGCGUGCUUGAUUACGAGCUGGAGAUGGCGUUCUUCGUGGGUCCGUCGAACAACCUUGGCGACCCCAUUUCAAUGAGUGAGGCAGAGGACCACAUCUUUGGUGUCGUCUUGAUGAACGAUUGGAGUGCUCGUGACAUUCAAAAGUGGGAGUACAUUCCGCUUGGUCCCUUUGGAUCCAAGAACUUUGCAACUACGAUCUCGCCGUGGGUCGUGCCCCUUGCGGCUUUGGAGCCAUUUCGGUGCGAACCGAGUUUCGGCCCAGCUCAGAAGGAUCCUGUGCCGCUGGCUUACAUCUCAGACCCGAAUUACGCGCGCGGCACCUACGAUAUCAACCUCAAUGUCUCGCUGAAACCAGAGGAUUCCAAGCAAGCCUACACCGUGACGAAGAGCAACUUUCGCAACAUGUACUGGAACAUGAAGCAGCAGCUUGUUCACCACGCAGUGACAGGAUGCAACAUGCAACCCGGAGACCUUUUGGGCAGCGGAACUAUCAGCGGUAGCACGGACGAGAGCAUGGGCUCCAUGCUGGAACUGAGCUGGCAGGGAACCCGCGAAGUGGCACUUGGAGACAGCGGCCUCACCCGCAAGUUCCUGCAGGACGGGGACACAGUGGCGAUCACGGGCUUCUGUCAGGGUCAUGGCUACCGGAUAGGCUUCGGGUCUUGCGAGGGCAAGAUUUUGCCUGCACAUCCGUGCAGCACCUAG